GAGGCCGAAAAUUGACCCAUUAAUUUAUCUACUCUUCUAUCGAACCGUCGGUUGCUUUGCUUCCAUCGUCGAUGGCGAUCCUAGUCCGCCCCAAGCAUCUCCGCCACCUCCUCUACCGAAACCCUAAUUCUGCCGCCGUUGGCCUCCUCCUGCUCCCCCUCUCUCGCCAUUUCUGCGAUGCCUCUUCACUCAGACCUAAUUCUAGCCCUAGCUCCGAUGCUCGGUCGCGUACUCCCCUCGAGAAGCAAUUUGACUCAUGGGUCGACCGCCUCCGGCCGGGGUUCACCUCCAAUGACGUAGCCGAAGCCAUUCGAGCGCAAUCCGACUCUGAUCUCGCUCUCGACCUCUUCCGAUGGACCGCCCUCCGCCCUGGCUACCGCCACGACGGCCCCGCCUAUCUCGCCAUGCUCCAGGUCGCCGUCUUCAACCACCGCUACUCCCAGGCGGAGAUUCUUGUUGACGAGAUCCUCGCCGGCGCCUGCCCCCCGGAUCUACCCCUCUUCAACACCGCCAUCCGCUUUUGCUGCUCCCGCCGCCCACUUUUCUCCCGCGCCUUCGAUCUAUACAAGCGGAUGCAGCAGCGCCGGGGUAGCAGCGGCAGCAGCAGCAGCAGCAAUGCCCCGGCGUGCCGGCCAUCCAUAGAAACCUAUUCGAUGCUCCUGGCGGCGGUUCUCCGCCGGAUCGGCAAGCCGCCGGUCUCCUACGUGUACCUCCACUCCGUCCGCUCGCUGGCGCGGCAGAUGAAGUCUUCGGGCGUGAUCCCGGACACCUUCGCGCUCAACCUCAUCAUCAAGGCCUACGCGCGGUGCCUGGAGAUGGAGGAGGCCAUCCGAGUAUUCAGGGAGAUGGGGCUCUACGGGUGCGAGCCCAACGAGUACUCCUACGGUUACAUCGUGCAAGGGCUUUGCCAGAAGGGGUGGUUGGAGAAGGCAAUGAACUACUUCAAGGAGAUGAGGUCGAAGGCACUAGUGCCCACGGCGACUAUAUACAUGGCGGUGAUCUGCAGCCUGUCGCUGGAGCGGCGGCUAGAGGAGGCGGUCGAGGUGGUAUUCGACAUGCUGGAGAACCGCAAGGCGCCAGACAUUCUGACCUACCGGACCUUGCUGGAGGAGAUGUGCAGGGAGGGGCGGUCAGAGGUGGCGUACGAUCUACUGGAGGAGCUCCGGCAGAGGAAGGGCGCCAUGAAAGGAAGGAUGCACUCCGACUUGUUGGCCAGCCUGCACUGGGUUUGCCAGCCGAUUGCUUCUUCAUGUUUGAAGUAAAGUUUGGCCCUUUCUGAGCAUGAUCCGUUCCGGAAUCAUUAAAAAAAUGUUUUCUUUUUCGUUUUAAUUAUGCAAACGGGGAGACAUCAACCGCUGCAUUCGAUCGGCAAUAAAAGUUCUUUAGAAUGCACAAUUUUCAGUCAUCUGGAGAGGUGUAAUUUUGAUUCUUCCAAGUUAAUCAUCGUAUGGAUAGAAAGGUAUAAAAAUAUCUUUCA